UACGCACGUUUUCAGCGUAAACACUACUGUACUGAUUACUCAUCUUUUGUUUACCAUUCAUAAAGGGCUACAAUAUCCUAACGGUAACUCGUAGGUUUAGCGUGCACUCCACUUUAACCGGUGACGGGCCCUUUAAGGGUUAUGUAGAGAGACGGGCUGAUGUAGGACCACACCUCCGUGUGCGCUAUGCUCUCUCGCGCUGCCAUCCCAUCCUCAUCAUGGCCUCCAAAAAUCCGCCGCUGCGUCCGAGAACGAGCACGAGUAGACUAGCCGUUGGCCCUUUCCUUCCCCGCGCUGAAAUGAACAGCGUCAAGCCGAAACAGAGGCACCGGUAGAGGGGUGCGCGCCGGGGGAUAAAGCCUCCGAGCUCAUGCCACCCCGGUCUCCUCGAUGUCUUCGUCAAAAGCCACGUACAGCCAUUUGACAAAGAGGGGUGCGAACCCCGACCGCGGCGGCGACAGAAGCAUGAACAGGGAUUUUUCUGUCAACCUAUCAGUGGAACAAGUGCUGAGCCUCUGGGUGCAAGGCACGACGCUGCAACAUUUCACAGAGAUGUGGUACUGGGUGUUCCUGUGGUGUCUGUUCUCCUCUCUGUUGGUCCACGGGGCGAUGGGCCUGCUCAUGUUGGUCAUGUUGCAGCGCCACAAGAGGGGUCGCCUCAUCACCUUGGUCCUGGUCAGUCUGGGUUGCCUGGCCUCCCUGGCUGGAGGGGUCAUCACCAGUGCGGCGGUGGCGGGGGUGUACAGGGUGGCAGGGAAGGACAUGGCCCCCCUCCAGGCCCUGGUGUUUGGAGUGGGCCAGACCACCCUGUCUGUCCUCAUCUCCUUCUCACGCAUACUGGCCACUCUCUGAGGAGACGACCCUUCCACACAGAUGGACAGAGACUCACUGACGGAUGGAUAGAUAGACACACAGGAGAGGAGGGAGAGACUGGGCACGUGUUGGAGACCAUGGUUCACAUCCUACCAGUUACACUCGCCAGCGACAGAUAACAACACAGCCAAUGGGUGAACUGUGGUGACAGUUAACUUCAUGUUGUAUUUGGAGGACAACAAACACAGUAAAUGAGCAGAAGACAGUGGUCUCCCAGCAGUUUCAGACAUUGAGGGAGGGAUGCCGAAGAGAUAGUACCCCUCCCCAGUGGCUGUGUUCUGCCACUGCUGCCCUUCCCCCUCUGCUGCAGUACGACAUGGGACGUCAAUGCAGGUCUCAGUUCUCUGUGUCAAAGAAGCACUUCAUUACGGCUCCCCACCAGGUGGCGAUGUCCGCAGCCUCCGUCAAGUGUCAAGUCAGUGAAACCACAUCCUGGACUGAAGGCAAUGUCUUGGGUGUUUUCAGAAUUGUCCGUUCUAUGUGCCAAUGGCCUCUGGGACUUAGCUCCAGUGUUGUCAAGAGAGAUGCUUUCAUGGCCAUCUCCACAGACUCUCCUCGAAGGUUUUCUGAUGCACUUGUGGUGGGAAAACCACCCACAUUUUUUUACAGUAAAGAAAAACACGACGACAACCUGUAUUUAAUUGGUCCUUGAAGUGCCAGGGUAUCCUGAUGAGGGCCAUGUCCAGAACAGAGAUGGACCUUCUGAAGACCGAUCAUCAUUCUGACAUGCCAGAGAGGAUGUCAACCGGACCACCUUUCAGUGUUAAAAAAACAACAACCACAAAACAACUGGUUCUUCUGCCUGUGGACAUCUUUACGACUCCUCCUUCUUGUGAAGUCGACUGCUGCAGCAGUGUUUCUGUUGGCAACAUUCUCCUACAUGUUUCCUCUUUUAGGGGAAAGAAAGAAAAUGACAAAAUGGCUUAAGCCUUUACACUUUCUAAAUGUUGACGAUCCCCCUUGUUUACCUAAAAGGUGUCUGAAUAGGGAGUAUUGUUCAGGUGCCCGUAGUUCAAGGUUACUAUGGAGAUAGAACCACUAUCUCUGUUUGACCUUUGCCAAUUCAUGUCUCGACCCGUCCAGGUUGUCCAACGUACUCUGAGGCAAUAGCAACUCUGGCUAUGAAGCUAGGCUGGAGAGGGUCAGAGUUGAGGAAUCUUUCACUACCUGGUUCUUACAGAGUUUUAUGGAGGUAAACUAAUGUCUUAACUGAAGUUAAGGGAUGCAAUGUCCUGGUAGUAGCUGGCUGCUUGAGAAUAGUUAAGAUAGAGAAUCUCUUGGAAAGGUUUCUGUCUCUGUGUUGUGGUGCAGAUUUACUGUUAAAGGCACAGUGCAGUCAAAAAUGUCAUUUUUCCUGUGUUUUAUAUAUAUUUCCACGCUAUGAGGUUGGAAUAAUAGUGAAAUUGUGAGAAUGAUGAUCGUGCCCUUUUCGUGUUAAGAGCUGUUUGAAAAGGACGCCGGAAUUUUUUUCCUGUUUUGGUGGGAUGUAGUUUUGGCCUGUCUGGUGACAUCACCAGGCGGUAAAUUAGUUAAUAGACCAAUAAGAAAAAGAGUUCCAAAACUGUCUUUCAAUAACAGCUCGUUUUCAGUUUUCCCCUCUCUACUUCAGACAGUCCUAGCAAAAUGUGAGACCGUUUUGGUUGAAAUCAAUAUUUAAUUGUUACCCAGAAAUGAUUUAAUAUUGAGAUGUAAAUGUCUGCAUUGGACCUUUUUUAAGGUUUAGAAAUUGGAAUCCAGCCGCUACUUGGUGGUUAAAGAUACACAUGUCUGGACUCCUAUAAAUCCCACUCCAUAGAGAGCCAUUUCUAUAGAAGGUCAGAGACUCAAUCUGCGUCCCAAACCGCACCCUAUAUAGUGCACUACUUUUCCCCAGAGCCCAAUGGGUCCUGGUCAAAGUAUUUCACUAUGUAAUGAAUGCAGGGUGCAGUUUGUUUUUUCCUCCUGGUAGUGGAGGGUUGCAAGGUUCACUGUUUUUACCUUUUAGUCAGAGAGCUGAUAACAUCCCCACCAGUCACUUUCAUUGGUCAGUAAAUGACAUUAGACCAAUAAAGGGAUCCUCUGCCGCAUAAUAACUCGAGGUGAAUACCGCACCAGACACUCGGUGGAAUCUAAGGGCUCUUUUUUUUCUGCCAAAGGACUUUGUUCUCACAUUUUAACUUUAUUUAUUAUGGAUUUCUUACUUUUUUUUGUUAUUAUUGCUGAGAAAGUAUGUAUUGUUUUAAUAUCAGAACCAUUCUUUUUUGCACAAUGGCAUGAGCUGAACAACCGGAUUUUAAAAUCCCCCAAACCCCUUUGCUUCAUUUUGGCCAAAUAUGAAUGUCCAGUGUGACCUGAUUGAGUGUUUACCAAUGAAAGCUAAUUCUGUUUUUUUUCAUUAGUUAUGUAAUUGACACCACUCACCUUCAGUACCAAGUCAUUCCACCAGAUGGCACCAGUGUAUUGCAUUUUAUGAGGGACAGUAGCAGCCAGUGUAAAUGGGGGAAAUGGAUUGAGAGAGAUGAUUGUGGAUUUUGUAUUGAAGAGAUGCCUGAUGACAUUUUUUGUACUUAAAUUUUUUAUUAUAUUCUUAAAUUAAUUCCUGAGAAUUCCAGACGGUCUGGAAACUUCUCUGUUUGACAAAUCUAAUGUAUAACUAUCAAAUCAAAUCAAACUUUAUUUGCCAAAUCAAACUUUAUUUGCCAUGCACUGAAUACAACAAGUGUAGACUUUACCGUGAAAUGCUUACUUACAAGCCCUUAACCAACAGUGCAGUUCAAGAAGAAGAAAAUAUUUACCAAGUAGGAUAAAAUUAAAAGUAAUAAUUAAAAGUAACACAAUAAGAAUAACAAUAACGAGGCUAUAUACAGGGGGCACCGGUACCGAGUCAGUGUGCGGGGGUACAGGCUAGUAGAGGUAAUCUGUACAUGUAGGUGGGGGCGAAGUGACUAUGCAUAGGUAACAAACAAACAGCGAGUAGCAGCAGUGUACAAGAGGGGCGGUGUCAGUGUAAAUUGCCCAGUGGCGAUUGUUAUGAAUUGUUCAGCAGUCUUAUGUCUUGGGGGUAGAAGCUGUUGAGGAGCCUUUUGGUCCUAGACUUGGCGCUCCGGUACCGCUUGGCGUGCGGUAGCAGAGAAAACAGUCUAUCACUUGGGUGACUGGGGUCUGACAAUUUUAUGGGCUUUCCUCUGACACCGCCUAGUAUAUAAGUCCGGGAUGGCAGGAAGCUUGGACCCAGUGAUGUACUGGGCUGUUCGCACUACCCUCUGUAGCGCCUUACGGUCAGAUGCCGAGCAGUUGCCAUACCAGGCGGUGAUGCACCCGGUCAGGAUGCUCUCGAUGGUGAGGCUAUUUUUAAAAACAUUUUUAUUUCACCUUUAUUUAACCAGGUAGGCUAGUUGAGAACAACAUCUCAUUUACAACUGCGACCUGGCCAAGAUAAAGCAAAGCAGUGACACAGACAACAACACAGAGUUACACAUGAAAUAAACAAUAAACAAGCCAAUAACACAAUAAACAAGUCAAUGAUACAGUAGAAAAAAAAGACUAUAUACAGUGUGUGCAAAAGGCAUGAGGAGGUAGGCAAUAAAUAGGCCAUAGUAGCGAAGAAUUACAAUUUAGCAGAUUAACAAUGGAGUGGUAAAUGAGCAGAUGAUGAUGUGCAAGUAGAGAUACUGGUGUGCAAAAGAGCAGAAAAGUAAAUAAAAACAGUAUGGGGAUGAGGUAGGUAGAUUGGGUGGGCUAUUUACAGAUGCAGCGAUCGGUUAGCUGCUCAGAUAGCUGAUGUUUAAAGUUGGUGAGGGAAAUAAAAGUCUCCAGCUUCAGCAAUUUUUGCAAUUCCUUCCAGUCACAGGCAGCAGAGAACUGGAAGGAAAGGCGGCCAAAUUAGGUGUUGGCUUUGUGGAUGAUCAAUGAAAUAUACCUGCUGAGAUAUAUAGAACCUUUUGAGGAUCUGGGGGCCCAUGCCAAAUCUUUUCUCCUGAGGGGGAAAGGUUUUGUUGUUCCCUCUUCACGACCGUCUUGGUAUGUUUGGACCAUGAUAGUUCGUUGGUGAUGUGGACACCAAGGAACUUGGAUACCUAUCCCAUAGGUAUCCCCCCUUUCCCUUUCCUUUACCAUACUAGCUCUCUCACAACUCUGAUUAAAGAAAAUACUUGGAAAUUGUAUCCUUAAAACAAACUAUAAUGAGCUAAAAUUCCCCCGAUCAACUGAAUUCGUAGUGCAUUAGUUAGUUAUUACACUCGUUAAAAUCUUUUCUGGUUCUAGUUCAGGAACCAAAUGUGUCUUAUUUCAGAUGACUCUACCACAGCUAGAACAAUGAGACAGAUAUUUCACCAGAUGUGUAAAUGUGAAGCAUCCGCGUGGCGUUUCCAUUCACUACCAAAUAUGAUAGUGAGAGGAAGCCCGCUGGCGGGCAGUGGGACAAGAUGGAUUUCAGCCUACAUUCUGCAAAUGUUCUCAUCGAUGAAACAUUUGUUCUGAAAAGAGUGGACUGUUUUGUAGACUUUGCCCUUUGAAAACUUUUAUUUGUAUUUUUUUUAAUCGCGUUGUUUAGAAGGUGCGAGUUAUUGCUCACCCGCACUUCACAGAGUAGGCGUUCCCUAACGGAAAUAUGCAGAUGAUGCUAGAACACGCCAAUAGGAUCUCGCUAGCUCGUGCUUGGCUCUGCCCACCUCAUUGCUUGUUCUGCCCACUAUGACUCAUUUGUUCCCAUUGGAAAGGACAGGCUGUGGCCUAUCUUGGUUGAGUUAUAAAUAAUCUUUGACUCUACCCUGCCGUCAGAGUGAUAUGAUCAAUACUGUAUGUUUCUGUUUGUAAGUGAAACUGUGUUUGACAGAGUGUCAGUGUUGUACUGUAUGUCUGUGUGGUGUGGUUGUUGUGUAUGUGACUGUUUUAACAUGUAUUCACUUAUUUUCUUUCAAUCCCUGAAAAGCGCUUUCUCGAGUCUUGGGCAAAAUGUUGUCUGAUGGCAGGUCACUGAACAAUGUCUAAUAAUAAUGUUGUUUAAAACCUUUUGCUGUAUUUCAUCUACAAGGUGUCCACAACUUUUGUUCUGCCACCACAGCUCCAUGCACUAUUCUUAAUACUGUUAAGAGAUGAAGUCAAGAUUUUGUUUGGCCAGAUGAGGACGCGUCAUGUAUCAUUGUGCAGAGUAUACGAUGCCGAGUUGGGCUCAAUUCCAUUUUAAAUUCUAGUCAAUUCAGAAAGUAAACCAAAUUCCUAUUCUAAAUAUUCUCACAUAAAUCAUUCAACACAAUUGGCAUUUCAGUGUAAUUUGUGCAUUGACUGGAAUUGAGGAACGGACCCCAACCCUGAUAUAGUCUUCACCAGAGGAUGUUUAGCAUCAGCUCUACUGACAUACAUUGACAUUUACAUUUGCACCAUGCACAGUAUUUUGAUACCAAAAAAAUAUGUUUUUGUCUAUUACAAACACAAACCAUAUUUUGGAGCGUUUAAAGGAAAGGUUCACCCAUUUUGAAUGUUAUAUUGUUUUGGUGCAUCUCUGAGGGAUGUUUGAUCGAUUCCAUGGGUCAUUUCUUGUUUUCAUGUAUAUCUGAGUUAUUGGCGUUGAACCAGGCAGAAAUCCGACCGGUGUGACGUAGCACCGUGAUGAUCAAGUCUCUCUCGCUACACUGGAAGUUAAUAGGAAUACGGCUUUUAGAUCGCCAAAACGUCUAUCAUACAUGUCAGAUUUCAAUACUGGCCGAUGUCAUAACUCAUGAGGAUGUCUUCUCUUGAAUGAGACAUUUUCUGUGAUUGUCCUACCUCGAGAAAUGUGUAAUUUAACGGAGGGUCUAGCACAUUUUUCCUAUUUGUCUGCCUCUUUAGUCCAGGGUGCAUCGCAUGGUGCCGUUGAGAUGUUAUAGAAAGGAGAUCGGAAUCCACUGAAUGAAGGAACGUCUAACGCCUCACCCAGCAGACUGGCGACCAAUCGCGUUCACUUUGUCUUGCUGCGUCACGCAGUUGCUAAACUAAUCGUCACUCAAUCCCUUCUCAAAGCCAUUGUAUAUGUCGAGAAACGUGCCUAUUUUCCUCGAAAGUACGUAAUGUCACAUUUCCAAAGCUAUACGAUAUUCUACAGAUAGCAAGUUAAUUAUCUCACAUCUCAGAAAAAAUGUGUAAUGUUGGGUUUUUGAGCUAGCGCCCAAUAGACUCCCAUUCACUCCUUGAAGGAGAGUGCUCAUUGACCUAGCAUGGGCAAUGUUUCCCAUCUCCUGUUUGACUCAACUUUGUGAGGCACAUUGAUCUGUAGGUUAAACAUGGUGAGAUUGUAGACUCCUAAAUUGAUAGUGCAGUUUGUUGAGGCGAUUUUACAGAAAACCAGCUGCUUUACAUGCUGGUAUUAUCUUUGGUAGUAUUGUGUGUUGCUACGUUUGCUAGCUACACUCUUAGGAAAAAAGGGUUCUAAACAUUGUUGGUUCUAGGUACAACCCUUUUUGGUUCCAUGUAGAGCCCUCUGUGGAAAGGGUUCUAUAUGGAACACAAAAGGGUUCUACUUGGAACCAAAAUUGUUCUACCCGGAACCAAGAACAGUUCUUCAAAGGGUUCUCCUAUGAGGACAGCCGAAGAACCUAUUUAGGUUCUAGAGAGAAGAAAAGGUGCUAACAGUUGUCACGUUCCUGACCUGUUUUCCGUUGUUUUUGAACUUUGUUUAGUUGGUCAGGACGUGAGCUGGGUGGGUAGUCUAUGUUAUGUGUUUCUAUGUUGGGUUAAAUGUGUUGCCUGAUAUGGUUCUCAAUUAGGGGCAGGUGUUUGACGUUUCCUCUGAUUGAGAACCAUAUUAAGGUAUGCUGUUCUCACUGUUUGUUUGUGGGUGAUUGUUCCUGUGUCUGUGUCUACCACACGGGACUGUUUCGUUUGUUCGUUCGUUUGGCUAGUCUUUCCUGUUUGUGCGUUCUUCGUGUCUAUGUAAGUUCUCAAGUUCAGGUCUGUCUACGUCGUUUUGUUGUUUUGUAUUCUAUUCAAGUGUAUUUCGUGUCAGUGUUCGUCUUGUUAAAUAAAUUCUUUAUGUCUGCAUACCUCGCUGCGUGUUGGUCCGAUCCAUGCUCCUCCUCAUCCGAGGAGGAGGAAUAUGACGAACGUUACAACAGUGUAGGUACCUAGCUAGCUAGCCAGUCAGCCCAUAGAGACAACAUUGCAUUGUGGGUUUUGUAGUUGACAGAUUUCCACAACGAUUUUCCAUGUUGCUACCAACCUUAUUAUAAUCCCAAAAUGAAAAAUGUGUUUUCACAAAAAAUAUUGUUCUCACAUAUUAGUGUUAUUCAACACUGUAAAUUUAAAGGAAUGAAUGGUUUUGGGUGGAUUUUUCCUUUUAUGUAAUUGCCAUGAAUGUAAAUUUGUUGCCGUUGGAUGAGUACAUUUUCUGCUCACUGUGAUGAUGUCAUAGACGUGGGCGGAUAAUCCUGUGGAAACUGCAAUAACUAAAGGGACAUUUUGCAGCUGGUGAUCCCCACAGUUUUAAAUACCCACAACCUCCAUCCGACCGUACGAUGCGCUGUCCUAUAAUCCGUUGUUUGUAUUUCUCAUGAGCUUAUAACCAAUGCCAACCCCUCAGUCCAGUUCAGUGUUAUACAAAUGCCACGUACGAUCCAAGGACAACUCUGUACCCACUCAGCAACUGCAUCCGGAAUGAAACUCGGAUAAUGUGUGUGAAUGGAUUUGGACAAUCUAUAGACCAUGGUGUGCAAAACAAGUGGCAUGUGUAGAUAAUGUAGAAUAUGUUGUUUUUUUACAUUUUGUACCGGCGAACAGCUGAUGUUUAUAACUUGCCUAUUUAUGUACAAAUGUUCUCCUGUACAUACUCAGCAUUCUGUUGAAAUAAAAUGUUUUGCAGUAAAAAUA